AUGAAGAACUCGACAUCCAGCUUGCCGAGUCUAAAUCAGUUAAAUGACCUCUCUUCAUAUGUCCCCUUCGUCCAGCCUCACAUCAAGAAUGUCUUGUCUGAUGAACGACACCAUUUUGAUGUUGGCAAUCCAAGACCAUCGUCCUAUACCCAUGAGACAGUCGGUGCCUGCACGCGAUUCGAUGUAAAGAUCUGGUUUUGUGGAGAAGCUCGUCUGUCUUGUGAAGUAUUCUAUGAUCCCUACGAUCCACAAUAUCCUCCGGAUGUGAUCAUCACCUCGUUGGCAAAUGACACUAGCUUUGUGGUGACUUUGGACCAGAUACAAUCAUAUAUGCAUUGGGAUGCUCUCAAACCAGACUGUUUAUUGACAAUGUUACAAAACAUACGAGGUCUAUAUUCGGAAUAUCAGAAGGCUCAGGUCGCCAAUGUGCAGGUUCCAAAGCUACAGUUUGACUGCAGUACGAUCCAACACAAUCCAGCUAUAGACUUUAUGAUUCUUGCUGGCGGUUCAAUGGCACGCUUUGAGAUACCGAUAAGAAUACCUCUGGAAGCUGAUGACAUGGCAGAGUUCUUCAAGUCACCGUUCGAGAAUCCUGAAAUCGAAGCUCAUGUUACCCUCACAUAUCAUAUGGCAGACUGUGAGGUACGAACAGUGGACAAAAAGAUUGAAUUGCCUGAAGCUAUUGAAAAGGAAAGAGAUAUGCUUUUCAAGAUGCCACCAUUUGAUCGUGAAACGCCCUUGGUUGACUUUAUAGAAAGCGUGGAGAAAAUCUUGAUAUAUGGUCGAGAUAUUAUCACACAACGGAAAGGCAGGAAGAAGAGUUUCAUGCAAGCUCUGACUCUGGCCUUCCAGGACCACUUGUUGGAGUACGAUGAAAUCAACUUUUCGGUCUGUGCGUUAUAUCUGGAACUUGCUGCACCCAAUGCUCCAACAAAUGCAGGAACACGGGAAGGUGCUCAUGCGUUUGUUCUCAUACACUUGCCGGAAAGCUUUCCUCGAACACCUCCCUUGAUAUUUAUGCUGCAUCCGUAUUUAUAUCGAGGAGAAGGGGGGCAUGCACCGUAUCAAGUGGAACUCAAGAUGCCAUAUGAUUUUAGGCAUACCAAUGAGCAGCUUCUCGCUCGAAUCAAAGGAUGCCUCAUGGAACAAAUACCACUUUUCAAUCUUGAGGCUACCAAGUCUGGUAAACCAUAA